AGCGGAUGCGAAAGCAAGUGAUCCUAAAAGCAAGGCGGGAGUUGGCAACCAUUGCUCAUCGGGAUUCUGAUCCAUUGGAUCCGAGCCCUGCAAAACGCGGGAUGUAUCUGGUCAAGGUCGAGUAUAAUUAACUUGUCGAGGAGGAGAUUCUUUUGUGCAGAACACAAGAGACAAGACAGCAUAUCCAUCUUUAAUUUAUUCCAAUUGCAUAGCUCAUCUCGUCAACCUCUCCCCCGAUCACACUUCCAAUGGGUCUCCUGGUGGAUCUCACCGACAACACCUACUUUGUGCAAGGUGCUGCGGUGACGCUCGCUUUACUCCUCAUUACGGCUUUCUACCAUGAUAUUCUGGACGAAUUCAGCUAUCGGCAAUUUCCACUAGCUGGGAAGGAGCCCUGGGAGUUUACAAACACCAAAGCCAGGACGCGAUGGGCAACCAAAGCAGAGGAUAUCAUUGUUGCGGGUUUGGAAAAGGGGAUGAAGGUGUUUCAGGUAAUGACUGGCAUUUGUGCCAUGCUUAUCCUGGAUCCUAGCCUUGCCGAGGAAGUCAAGAAUGAUGAGAGAUUGAGCUUUGUGGGCAACGUGAAACAGGUUUUCUUUUCCAAUCUCCAUGGAUUCAAUGGUUUCGGGGUCAUUCAGGACGACGACAUAUUCGUUGAUGUCGUUAAGGGCAAACUCACUCAGGGUCUCAAUCAACGUAUCGUACCACUGUCCAAAGUGGCUGAAGUGACGUUGGACGAGAUAAUUCCUCGCAAAAAAGAAUGGACCCCAUUUCACUUUGCCCAGCAUUCCACCGCAAUGGUCGCCCGACUGUCCUCGUACGUCUUCCUGGGCGAGCGAAUCUCCCAUAACAAGCAAUGGCUCAACAUCGCCGUGAAUUACACCAUCCACGUCCAUGCUGCCGUGCAGGUUCUCCGGUUCUGGCCGUCGCUGCUACGACCCCUCGCGUUACGAUUCCAUCCCGCCUGUCGCACAGCACAAAACGAUCUCAAAGUCGGCCGGCAAAUCAUCUCCAAGGAGCUGGCCGACCGUGAAAACGACCCCAACUACGGCAAGGGCAAGAAAUGGGAAGAUUCGCUGGACUGGUUUGCGGAAGUGGCGGCUGGUCGUCCGUACGACCGGGCCGUGACGCAGAUCGGACUGUCGCUGGUCUCGACGCAUACGACGGGCCAGCUGUGGGUGAAUACGGUGUUUGAUCUCGCUGCGUAUCCGGAGUAUUUUCAGCCGCUGCGAGACGAGAUCAAGGCAGUGGUGGAGGCGGAUGGGCGGUUGAAACAUGCCAGUUUGCCCAAGUUGAAACUGAUGGAUAGCUUUAUCAAGGAGUCGCAGCGUCUUAAUCCGGGAGAGAUUGCCUCGAUGCACCGCGUUGCCACACAGCCCAUCAAGCUCUCCACCGGGAUAACCAUCCCACAGGGCGCCAACGUCAUGGUAUCCUCUCACUGGCGGAAGAGCCCCGAGUACUACGAGCACCCAGAAUCAUUUGACGGGUUCCGAUUUGCCAGAAUGCGCGAGAGACCCGGCGAAGAGAACCGGCACCAAGCGACCACAACCAGCGCCGAGCAUCUAGGCUUCGGACAUGGUCUGCACGUAUGCCCUGGUCGGUUCAUGGCGGUCAAUGAAAUCAAAAUCCUGUUGAUUCACAUGCUGCUCAAAUACGAUUGGAAAUACGCGGAGAAGAGGGACCGGCCGGAGUCGAUUCCCAUGGGACCAGACCUGUUGUUGGAUAAGUCAGUCAAAUUGCUCUUCCGGGCUCGUGAGCCUGAACUAGAUCUUUCGAUGCUUUAUUAGUUGUUGAUCACUUAUGUUGUGUUGGUCUUUUGGGGGACUGUGGUUUUGAUAGGAAUGCGAAGUUGAACUAUCUAUAUCUAUCUAUGAAUAAUCUUGCAGAACUCGCUCGCUUUCUAAGAGACUCCUG